ACGCACGAUGAACGAAUCAUGAGCUUUAGCUGCUUCUCCAAGUAAAAAAAAAAAACAUAAGCCCUCUUUAAAUCCCUAGCUAGCUUCCACCGAGAAGUUGUUCAAUCUGGGAAAAAUCAAAAUCUGCUAUUACGGAUCUUUAAUCGGAAAAUGGGUUUGACGAAUUUCAUAUUGACGGUGGCCGGAGUAGGCGCCGUGGUGAUGCUACUGAGGAGCGACGUGAAGCAAUCUGUGACCGUCCUCAGGCGUAACGUCAAGCACAUCCGCCACUGGCUCGAAGAAGAAUCCUCCGCCGCCUCUUCCAAGGCAGCUGAGUCCAUAAAACCAAAGGAAAUAGAGGUAAAGGUUCCGAAGAAGGACAUUCCAAAAGAGAAGGAUUAGUGUGUUUCUAUGUAUACACGAAGAAGGGUCUUUGUAAGAGUCGGAUUUAUGACUUUGGUUUCAACACUUAACUAUUUUUAGCUGAGAGUUUUGGUUAUAUGUUUAAAGGGUUUUAGUUCUCAAUCUCACCUCUUAACAUUUAAGCAUUCUUGCGAGUGAAAACAUAAUAAUAUAAUCUCUAUCUUCUUUCGCAGUUACAUAUAAUUUUCAUAAGGUUUUGUUCUCUUAAAUCGGAAUUCUAAUUGGACAUCAUAAUAUUCAGCUCUUGAACUGAACCAAAACAAUCCAAGCCGUUAAAAGGAAAA